UGUGCAAGAUGGACUGGCUGCUGAUUUCAGAGCAUUAACAAAGAUUUUGUAUGAUUUGAAUAAAGGUUUGGGAAAUAAUAGAGUUCACAGGGGUCCUCUGAAAGAGCUGGUGAUAGAAAAUUUUGAUGAAGAACAGAUUUGGCAACAACUGGAGCUCCAGAACAAUGCAGUUCUCGAUUUCUUCAAGAAAUCCAUUGCAAGGGAUGCCGAGGAUGAAGAUCUUUGCCUGUUCUCAGACCAGGAAGAGGAUGGCUCUGAUGCCGAGAGCAGCAGCGAUCAGGAACUGGACGACAACGUGAUGGAAGCAGAAACUGAACAGAAGCCUGUUUAUACAAAAGGUGAAACUAAAGCUAGGGAAAAGCAAACUAAAGCCAGAGAAAGCAUAACGCAGAGUUGCAGCGAUGAGGAUUCUGACAUUGACUUUGAUAUUGAAGCCCUGGAACAACAGACUAAAACAGCCAAGGAAACCACAUUGAAAAAAACAGGAAGAAAGUCUGUAGUGGAUGACAAGUUUUUCAAGCUGGCUCAGAUGGAAGCUUUCUUAGAACAUGCAGAGAAGGGAAAUGGCGAGGACGAGGAAGAAGAUAUUAAUUAUUUUGAAGACAUCAUCUCAGAUGAUGAGGAAGAAGAGGAUGAUGAGGAAGCGAAACCAACGAAAAGUUCUAGGGACUUGACAUACGACGAUUUCUUUGAUCCGGUUGAUGACAGCGAUGACUUAGGAGCUAACCAUGUUGAAGAUGAUGGGGAAGAGGAAGCAGACAGUGCUGCUGAGGAGCAGAAUGAAGGCAGCAUGUCCGAGUAAGAUAUGAAUGAAUUUAUGGCGGAGAAUAUGGGAAGUAGAGAAGCUUCUAAAAAAGUCACUUUUAGUUUGCCGAAUGACAGUGAAACAGAUGAUGAUACUGAUCUACAAUUAGAGAAGGGCACUGAUCCCAGCGAAAUAAAGUCUUCUUUUGAGAAGAGACAGGAAAAGAUGAGAAAAAAAAUUGAAAAUCUAGAAGAACAGUUGCUAGAGGAGAAACCUUGGCAGCUUAAAGGAGAAGUGACUGGACAAAAACGACCUGAAAACAGCCUUUUGGAGGAGACGGUACUGUUUGACCAUGCAAUCCGAAUGGCGCCUGUGAUCACAGAAGAAACUACUUUUCAGCUUGAAGAUAUCAUUAAACAGAGAAUAUUGGAUGAGGCAUGGGAUGAUGUAGUACCGAAAGAAAAACCGAAAGAAGAUGCUUCUGAAUACAAGAAACGUGUCACUUUGGAUCAUGAAAAGAGUAAACUGAGUCUCGCUGAGAUCUAUGAGCAAGAGUACAUGAAGCUUCACCAGCAAAAGACUGAAGAGGAGGAAAAUCCUGAACACAGAGAAAUUCAAGAAAUGAUGGAUUCGCUUUUCCUGAAGCUGGAUGCGCUUUGUAACUUCCACUUCACACCCAAACCACCUGUGCCAGAAGUUAAAAUAGUGUCAAACCUUCCAGCCAUAAGUAUGGAAGAAGUAGCACCUGUUGCUGUUAGUGAUGCUGCGCUCUUAGCACCGGAGGAGAUCAAGGUAAAUAGAAGUAAAACUCAA